AUGAAUCAACAAAAUCAUUCUUCUUCCUCUUCUUCCUCCAAUUUGACAACAACAACCCCAACAAAUAAUUCAACAUAUUAUUCAAAUAAUAAUUUGAAUUUUAAUAAUUUAAUUGAAGAAGAAAGAUUUUUAAAUUUUAAUAAUUCUUUAAAUAAUUACGAAUUUAAUAAUAAACAAAAAUUAUUUAUUAAAGACCACCAAAUUAAAAAUGAAGAAGAAUUAAAUAAUUUAUUAUUAGAACAACAACAACAAAAUAAUGAAUUUAAUCAGAAUUUAAUUGAUGUCAAUGCCUCAUCUUCUGUUGGAAAUGCUUCGUCAGGCGAUUUCUUCUCUCCUCUCCACCAACUUUUAAUGCCUACUUCCCACCAACAACAACAACAUUUACACCAUCCUGGGGAACCUUCAGGGUCUUCUUCGUACUUUUGUUGUACUGAUACAACGGCUUCUUCAGCUCCAGCAGACCCUCGACCCUCAGGUUCUAUUGGUGAACGUCGACAACAUUAUAAAGCACCUUCAAAUGACCGAAAAAGACCUUAUCCUUGUUCUUUAUGCUCAUCUCGAUUUGGAUCCAAAAUGGAAUUGGAAGAACACCAAAAUUCACAUACAGGCCAGAAACCCUUUCAAUGCGAUGUUUGUCAAUCACGUUUUAAUCGUCGUUCUACACUUUGGAAUCAUAAAAGAAUACAUAGUGAUGCAAAACCUUUUAUUUGCACUGUUUGUCAUAUGCAAUUUAAAUGGAAAAAUUCAUUAAAAUGUCACAAGGAAAUGCACCUUCGAAAAAAUGAAUUACAAGCAAGCUCCUUUCCAGAAGUAGAUGCUACACAAAUGUUGACAUAUGCAACUGCUGCGAAAAAGAAAAUGGUGGGUGAAUUAACUGGCAAAGACCCAUCUACAAUAACUCUACUUCCAACAACUUCAAAUAAUACUUCUCGAUUUUUAACGUGUGCAGGAACUCCUCGUAAAAGAGCUCCACCUAAAACACAAAAAAAUAUUACUAAAAUUCCAAAAACUUUUGAAGAAGAAAAUAUAUUACCACCAACAUCCACAAUUACUUCUACUUCAUUUUCUCUUCCAUUUCUUCCCCAAACUUCAUCAUCUUCCUCUCAAAAUUCAAAUUUUUCUCAUCAAUUUUUUGGAAAAGAAAUAAAAAAUAAUGAAAAUCAAAUAAAUAAUUCUGAACAAAUUUUGGAAAAUAAUUUAGUUGGAGAAUCUAGUACAUCUUUAUUAAGACCUCAGCCAUUAACAACAACUUCAAUAAAUAAUGAAUUAAUUAUUUCUAAUCAAAUAAUUACAGAAAAUAAACAAAUAAAUACAACAUCCAAUGCUGGGCGAGUUUUUCUUUUAAAUUUAAUUACUGUAGAGGGAUUAAAAUAUAUCCACAGAAGGGGAUUAAUCUUGGUCAUUAACAGAUAA